CUCACAGAUAAACUCAUCCUCAAGCUGCUGCUGUACAGGCCUAAUAAUAAAAUAGGGGCAUUUCUUAGCGUGCCACGUGUAGAAUAACAAGGAGCUUACUCCGCCCUUCGUUACUAUUUUAUACACAGAAAAUCGGAAACGAGAAUGCGUGAUCUAUUGAGAAUCUAGUUAGAUCUUCAACUUUCCUAAUCCAAUCGAUCCAUGGAGGUUUCCGAGAGGAAGAAGAAGAAUGAGAGAUUGGAGUUGGUGCACCAGGCCCUCCGGCAACUCCUCGAAGAGAGGAGGCAAAAAGGAAAGCAUGGCGACGAAGAAGACGAUCUGCUCCUCUCCAAAUUGCUCCUUCAGUUGGAGAUGUUGGAGAGGGACGCCAUCGCCGAGGAGAUUAGAGGGGUGAGGAAGCAGAACCUGGUCACCCACCGGCUCCUCUCCGCCCUGAUCGUCGUGACUUUGGUGUGGCAGUUGAACGAGGUGUCGCUGCUGCUGAUGGCCCGGCAGAAGUUGCGGAACCCUCUCAAGGCGAUCGGCGACGCGGUGAAGGGGCUGGUUCGGGGGUGCGGCGGGAGGAGGCUGCAAAAGCAGCAGAUCGAAACGAACGGGUUGCCGCCCGUUCCGGUGCCUGACCUAACUCGUGUGGAUCUGCCGCCCCUCGAUCUGGACGGCAGAAGAUGAGUCUCGUCGCCGCCUUGUGUUCUUUCUCCCUGGGGUAUCCAAAUA